GUCGCGAUAAGCUCAGUCGCCAUUUUCGAUCGAAAACUGAGCGAGUUGCUGUCAGAAAUGGCUGCGUACGAAGACCCAAUCUCUGAACGCGAGAAAGUGCAGAUAGCGUCGAACUUCAUCUUACACGCUCCUCCUGGAGAGUUCAACGAAGUUUUCAAUGAUGUCAGGCUGCUUCUAAAUGACGACGCGUUACUCAAGUCGCAGGCGGCAGGGGCAUUUGCACAAUAUAACAAAGAACAAUUUACGCCGGCGAAGCUAGAAGGCGUAGAGGAGAAGGUUCCUGUCACAUUUCACGGUGAAGUAGAACCCAAUCGUUUUCUUGAUCCGAGAACGAAGCAAACGUUUAGAUACGACCAUUUGAGGAAGGAAGCUAGUGACUUACAACCUGCAAGAGCUGAUGAUGGUUCAGAAGGUUUUCGAAACGCGUUGGAUUCUGCUCUUCGUCCGUACGUCAAGAACCAUUAUUAUGAUGGAGUUUGCGCGGUAUAUGGAAAGACAAAUAGUAAAGGAGUCACUCUAACUGCUUGCAUUGAAGACCACAAAUUCAGUCCAAAGAAUUUCUGGAAUGGAAGGUGGAGAUCAGAAUGGAACGUCACAUUCACACCAGGGGCAUCUCAGCCUGCCACAUUGACAGGCAAUUUGAAGAUCCAAGUGCAUUAUUAUGAGGAUGGUAAUGUUCAACUUGUUUCCAGCAAGGAGAUCUCAGAAUCAGUAAAUGUUGGGCCGGAAGAGAAGAUGGCACAAGAUAUGGUGAAGAUUAUUGAGAAAAUGGAAAGUGCGUAUCAGGAAGCUGUGAUCAGCAACUACCAAACAAUGUCAGAGACAACGUUCAAGGCACUUCGACGAGCUUUGCCAGUUACGAAGACUAAACUGGACUGGAACAAAAUUGCCACGUACCGAAUUGGCAAGGAGUUGCGAAAUGACUGAAUCGGAAUGCGCCAUAAUGUUGGUGUGGUAAACAUUUUACAGCUACAUGAUUGGAUUGGAUGGGUAGUGACUUUUCAAAGGUAAAUGACAGUUUGUUAUUAUGUUGUGGCAUGUCCACUGUAGUGUUUGUUGGUUGGUUUGAAUGGAAUAAGUUGUGAUUCAUGA